CUCACGCCUUUUUCUGCAAACGAAAAUCAAUGUCUCUGGACGAACGUCGUCGGCAUAAAGUUGGUAUAAAUUUUUCUCCCAUGAGUAUGUUUUCUGGAUAAAUUGAGAUAAAUACCCCCAUGGAAAUGAUAAAAUAUUCCAUUUAAAGUGUAGAAAAAUAUAUAAAAGAAAACAACAAUAAGAUAAAAAUAGUUUUAAGCGAAAAUUGAAGUUAGUGUGCUGGCUAUCCGGGAAAACAAAGAUAUACAAGGUUCGGUUCGAAAUAAAUGAAUAAAGAAAAAAAUCAACAGAAGUGAAGGCGGGGGCAAUAAUAAGAUGAGGAGAUCAAAUAAUCGAUGAUGAAGUACUACACGACGAAUGAAGAGAAGAUGGAGAAAAAAGUAAUAAAAUGUGAACACAACAUACACAGCAACAACGACACAGCAAAAUAAAAUACGUGCAAAGUUUUUUUUGUCUUACGACUUCUAUCUACUCCCCAUCUGAAUAAAGUGUGAAUAAUAUUAUUAAAUCAAGAAAAAAUAUGUGAAUUUGUUUGUUAAUGUGGUAUUAAAACUAAAUGACGAAAGAAGAAGAAAAAGAAUAGAUAAAAAUUCAAGACAAAGUCCUGUGUGAAUGAAUGUUGUUUUGACCUAAAAGUAGUGGUGUUUUAAAGAUUUGAAUGUGAAAGAUAAAAAAUUUUCCAAUUGGCUUCCAUCGUUAAAGUACACAUCAAUUGAAAGAGGGUGCCGCCGACAACAUAAAAACUACCAGGAGUAAUCGUUUUAAUCAUUCACCAGUGUUUUUUAAAAACACCCAAGAAAAAGAAGAUCAAUUAAUGUUUGACCGAAAUUGAAAAAUCGAAAACCCGACGCCCAACAUCUUCCUCUUUGAAUCCGUACGCUCAAUCAUCGCAUUGAGAUUCAAACAACAAAAUGCCACUGCCCAAACGUUCAAUUGAGCCGGUGCAUGUGGCCCGUUCUGUCUAUCAGCAGGAUGAAUUGCAAUCGGUGGAAUUGGAAACGGUGACAAACACAACGCUGACCAAUAUUAUACGUCAGCUAUCGUCACUUUCGAAACAUGCCGAAGAUGUGUUCGGUGAGCUGGCCCGCGAUGUCGGCAACAUUGGUGAUCGUGCAAAUUCACUGCAGGCUCGUAUCGAUCGACUGGCCAUUAAGGUUACCCAGCUGGAUAGUACCGUCGAAGAGGUUCCCCUAACCGAUAUAACACGGAAGAAAGCUUUUAAAUCUGCCAAAAAUUUCGAUCAACAAAUAUUCUCACGAGCCACAAUGCCGGCACCCAUGCUCGAAACCUAUGCACAAUGUGAUAAACCACCACCGCUGGAUAAACUCAACAUCUAUCGGGAUGAUGGCAAGGAUGGUCUUAAAUUCUACACAGAUCCGAAUUACUUCUUUGAGCUGUGGCGUCAGGAAAUGCUAAAGGAUACGGAACGUGUUAUGCACGAUAAGGGCAAGAAAAUGCACAAGCCGCGGCAGGAUGGUGGUGCCAGUGGACGUGGUCACAAGAAGAGGGUGCGGACGCCGCACAAUACACGAGAGAAACAACGACAAAUUGCUAUUGGUCAUGGGGAGACUUUAAUGCCAAAUAAUGUUAUUUAUCGUACCCCGAAUUCGGUGGUCAACGAGGAGGCUGGUUAUGGCACACAACUUGUUGAAAUCCAAACUACUGUCCCAAUGACAGCAGAUAGUGAGAGUACAACACUACAACAACAACAACAGCAACACCAAGAAGACAAACAACUACAACAGCUUCUACUGUUACUGCAACAACAAGAAGAAGAACACGAUCAAACAGAAGGUGAUGGUGGUGGUGAUGGUGAUAUAUUUUUCUUGAAACGCAAUCGUCGUCGUCACAAAAAUCGUCAAUAUUUUGUGGUCAGCAACACGAGUGACAACAACGGCAGCAACUUUGAUGAAUUUACAUGUAUGGGCAUUUACGAUACACGACCUCCAAGGCCAAACUCUAUCGAAUUACGACGCAGUUAUCAAUCGGAGCAAAUUGAUGGUGUUUACGGUCCCCUGUCACCACAGACGGCUGGCCAGAUGAUGGCAAAUGCCCAGGGUGGUGGUAGUCAGUAUGCCACCACAGGAUAUGCCGCCAACGGUAUGCAUCCGUCACAACAAAUGCUACACCAACAACAGGCUGGUAUGCAGCAACAGCAUGCCCAUGCCCAGCAAAUGUAUGAAGAUGCCUUAUACCAUCAGUCACAAGGUUUAUAUGGCCAGACAGGACAGGGCGGCGGACCGAUGUCACCCGAACCAAUCUACGCGCCCGGUACACCAUCACGCACUAAACCACGACCAUCGGUACCACCGCCAGCACCACCUGGCAGUAAUGGUGGCACACCAACAGCAUCGAAUGCCAAUACACCAACAAGGGGUCGCAGUAUGUCAACAAGCCGUGAUGCUCUACCGCCGCCACCACCCAUACCCGACGGUAUGGUCAACACGAACUCACCGUCACAAAUGUUGGCGGCCAUGAACGGCGCUGUUCCCGGUGCCAGUGGUCAUAUUGCAGCGAAAAUAUUGGCACGUACCAAUAGCACUUCGAGAGCUGGCUCUCCUCAAUUGGCACCAAACAAUAGUGUGCAAGAUGCUAAUGCCAUGGUCAUGGCUCAAUUAAAUAACACAAUUAACAGUUUCAAUACAAUGAGUUUGGGUGGUGGUGGUCAAAUGAAUUCACUGAACGAUUUGCCUCCACCACCGCCGGUGCCAGAUCAGGGCUACUAUGGUGUAUCAAAGCAUGAACCAAAGUUAUCACCACCUAAUUCUGCGCCACCACCGCCGCCUCCACCACCUCCACUAGAUGAAAAUGGUACAUCACCCAUACAGACCCAAGCACCACAUCAAAUUAUGCCAAAACCUUUGCCUAAUGGUGAUAUACAAUCGAAUGGUCUUAAACAUAUACCCAAGAAAAUAUUACCACCAUUCCAUGAUACGCGAUCGGAUCUAAUGAAAUCUAUACGUGAUGGCAUUACACUGCGUAAAGUUGAGAAAUCGGAACAAAAAGAAAUUGAACGUAGCACCGGUCUACAUGAUGUUGCCUCCAUAUUGGCCCGACGUGUUGCAAUUGAACUAUCCGAAUCGGAAGAAUCGGAAUCGGAUGAUGACAGUGAAGGUUGGAUGGAACCAAACGAGACUUCUGCUUGAUCCCUUAUGUCUUCUUUAAUACCUGAAAAAAUCAAAAAGAAAAAGUAAACGAAAUAAUUAAAAAUAA